CCUUAUUAACGAACUCGCGGCGAAGCGAAAGUAGUUCUGCCUAUAUUCCAGUGAUUUGAAACUUUGGUUUGACUUUUUCUCUCUAUAUUCCAGUGAUUUGACACUUUUGGUUUGACAGCUUUGCACAAAUUUUGUUUUGUUUUGAUUGAAUUUGUGAAAUUUGCGGUGAUUUAUCUAAUAAACAAUAUUAAAAUUAAAAAAUGGAAUCAAUUAUGGUGUAUAUUUAUUCUGAAAGUGAGGAAUUUGAGGAAUCCCAGGAAUCCUCAAGAUUACGGGUGUCCAGGAGACUACUAAGGAGCAAAUCUUCUCCUCUGGAUCUCCCUUCAACUGAAUUUAUCAAACUAUUUCGACUUUUGAAAGAAGCUUUUGUCUUCAUUUUGCAAGAGAUCAGUGAGGAAUUCAAGGAUCAGAACAGCAACGGCAUUCCUUCAAUUUUAAAGCUUGCCGCUACUAUGAGAUUUCUUGCUGAGGGAUCGUACCAAAAAGGAGUUGGACAAGACGUAUUGCUUGGAAUGGCACAACCAUAUUUAAAACUUUUGAACAAUUGUCCCACAGUUCAUUUGUUUUAGCCCGAUAUUCAGGACCGACGAGUGCUCUCCGUUGCAAUGCCCUUAUUUUUUUUUCAUAAUGUCGACGAGAGCCAAAAAUUGACGUCAAUUUGUUUGCUUGUUUUUAUCGUUCCUUGAAUGAAUUUUAAAAUUUUAUAUUUUAUUGUGGAUAAAUUAUAAGAAAAUUAAAAUAAAGCUAACUCACAUUUUUAAAUUAAAACAAAGAAAUAAUCCACGAAAUCGAACACUGAAUAAUAAAAAACAC